AUGCCAUCAAUAUUUAACAAAGAGUAUUGGGCAGAGGUGAGAGAUGGGUUUAGAACUGCCACUCCACAAGGCUCCUCUUUGUCUGGUGGGAAUAAUAGUAUAGAGAUGAACUCAAGUUUUAUCACUGAAAAACGUUCAAACUCAUUGAAAGAGGAUAAUGUAAUGAUUCAGACAACUUCUUCUGGUGCCACUAAAAAUAUUAAUGGCACCAGUAAUCCAAAUGAUAGCAAUAUGCUUUCAAAAGAAGAUAUCGACGGUUCUAAUCUGAAUAAAGAUUUGAAUAUUAGACACUUGUUAACUUUAGCUGUCGGUGGUGCCAUCGGUACAGGUUUAUUUGUUAACUCUGGUGCUUCUUUGAAUACUGGUGGUCCUGCAUCUUUAGUCAUUGGCUGGGUUAUCGUUAGUACCGCUCUUUUCACAGUCAUUAACUCAUUAGGUGAAUUGGCUGCUGCAUACCCAGUUGUUGGUGGGUUUAGUGUUUAUAUGACUAGAUUCAUCGAUCCUUCUAUCGCCUUCUCUAUUAAUUUAAAUUAUUUGGUUCAAUGGUUAGUAUUAUUACCAUUGGAAUUAGUUGCUGCUUCCAUCACUAUCAGAUACUGGAAUGACAAGAUUAAUUCAGACGCCUGGGUUUCCAUCUUUUAUACCGUAAUUGGGUUGUUAAAUAUGUUAGAUGUUAAAUCUUUUGGUGAAACCGAAUUCGUAUUAUCUUUCAUCAAGAUAUUAGCUAUCAUUGGUUUCACCAUUUUAGGUAUUGUCUUAUCCUGUGGUGGUGGCCCAGUUGGUGGUUACAUUGGUGGUAAGUAUUGGCACGAUCCUGGUGCAUUUGUUGGUCAUACUGCCGGUUCACAAUUCAAAGGUUUAUGUUCUGUUUUUGUUACAGCUGCAUUUUCUUAUUCUGGUAUUGAGAUGAUUGCGGUAUCUGCUGCAGAAAGUAUAGACCCAAGAAAAACCAUUCCUGUUGCUGCAAAGAGAACUUUUUGGUUGAUCACUGCAUCAUAUGUAACUAUUUUGACUUUGAUUGGUUGCUUAGUUCCAUAUGAUGAUCCAAGAUUAUUAAAUGGUUCAAGUUCAGUAGAUGUUGCUUCAUCCCCAUUAGUUAUUGCUAUUGAAAAUGGUGGUAUCAAGGGUUUACCAUCUUUGAUGAAUGCUAUUAUUUUAAUUGCUGUUUUAUCCGUGGCCAACAGUGCAGUUUAUGCUUGUUCCAGAUAUAUGGUUUCGAUGGCUAUAAUUGGUAACUUACCAAAACAAUUAGGUAGAAUUGAUAAGAAGGGUAGACCAAUCAAUGCUACCUUAGUUACAUUAUUCUUUGGUUUAAUAUCUUUUGUAGCAGCUAGUGAUAAGCAAGCUGAAGUUUUCACUUGGUUAAGUGCCUUAUCUGGGUUGUCUACUAUUUUCUGUUGGAUGGGUAUCAAUAUUUCACAUAUUAGAUUCCGUCGUGCAAUGGAUAUUCAAGGCAGAUCCCUUGAAGAAAUGCCAUAUCUAUCCCAAGUCGGUGUCUAUGGUUCAUGGUAUGGUUGUAUUAUCCUAUUUUUAGUAUUAAUUGCAGCAUUCUGGACAUCAUUAUUCCCAGUUGGUAGCUCGCAAGCUAAUGCAACCACAUUCUUUGAGGGUUAUCUAUCAUUACCUAUCUUGCUUGCAUGCUAUGUUGGCCACAAAUUUUAUUUCAAGAAUUGGAGACUUUUCACUCCAUAUAAUGAAAUUGAUUUGGACUCAGGUAAAAGAGACAUCGAUUUAGAAUUAUUGAGGGAAGAAAAAAAAAUGGAAGAGUUGGCAUUGAAAAAACAGCUCAUUCUUCGUUAG